AGGGAGAGUUCUUCUUUCACUGCUCCAUCCGGGAACUUCCAGAAUUAGCAUUGACAACCGAAGCACAACUUUUUCCCCAGGCAAAGUGAAAUCCGGCCGCGCACUCGGACAAAAUAUAGUCCCGCACUUUCAACUCGAAGUCUGGAGAAAAAAGCCUCGCGUUCCCGACAGGACCAACGGACUUUCCCCGUGUGGAUUUCAGAGUGGAUCCACGCGACUGCUGGAGCUUUUAGCCCCCGUUCGGAGCACUUUUGUUUACACUGGCGUAAAGUGGGUGAUGAGUCUGACGGCCAAGCAAAGAAGCGAGAACUUGCUGUGCAGCCCGAGUAGUUCUUGCGAUUGUUAUUGUUGCUUUUCAAAAUAUUUCUGUUACGCCGCGAAUAACGCGCAUCGCGUCGAAAGUGGAGGAAAAGUGCUCUUGAAGUCGGAAUAUGGAGCUACAAGGCCUUCAAGAAGCACUGAAAGUAGAAGUCCAAUGUCAUCAGAAGCUUGCUGUCAGAAGUUGUCCUAUGGGGACGGCCACCAAACCCCUGGCCCUCAUCAAGCCGCCCAGCCAGAGCAUCGCCAUCUCUGUGGUGCCAGCAAAGACUCCCGUUUCCAUGGUGACGGCACACAUUAAUGGACAAAAAGCGCUGAGUUCUGAAACGCGCCAGACGUCCCCUAUCAACCUCCAAACACCCGCCGGACAGCACAUCAGCCACUCGCAGAUGCUGGGAGCCCUCACCGCGAUCCCUAUAAAGGUGCCUCACAUCAGCUCUCUGCAGCGGCUGGCGGGACACGCACCCAGUCUGCUACCUCAGGUUAGGCCAAAGACCCUCAUUCCAGACAGCCUUCCCCACAGCCCAUGCCGAGAGCAGCAGUCGGGUCAGACGCUGGCCGUCCCACAGAGCCUGGCGGUGGUCAGCCCAAAAAGCCAAGGCGCAUCUUUGCCAACUGCCAACAGCACCUUCAGUCACGAGAGGCUGUCCAAUGGGCAGGAGGAGAGCUCCUCAUCGCCUUUAUAUGCGCAGGGCAUCUCUACAGCCGUCAGCAGUCCAGGGGUGGCGUACGCCAUCAUCUCCGCAACCUCGCCAGCAGCACACAGAGUUUCAGGAGUCACCGAGGCCAUCAAGGUGCAACCGCUGAUUUUCAGCCCAGACAGCAAGGUUAUAAUCAUUCAGCCACAGAUUCCCAGCAACUCCAAGAGUUCCCCGGCGUCACAAACCGACAGUCCUGUAAAGGAGCCAAUCCCAGACCCUUCAAGCCCAGCCAAAAAGGAAGAGGAUCCAGAGAAAAUAGCCUUCAUGGUCGCUCUUGGCCUGGUCACAACAGAACACUUGGAGGAGAUCCAGAGUAAACGGCAGGAGAGAAAGAGGCGAACCACAGCUAACCCUGCAUACAGCGGCCUGUUCGAGCCAGAGCGCAAGCGACUUGCCUCCAAUUACCUGAACAGUGCGAUGUUUCUUUCCACGAGAGACACUGAGGAGUUCUGCUGGAAGGAGCAGCUGCAGCAUGAUGAGCACUGUGCAGUUUGUAAACAGGAAGGAGAUCUUCAGCCAUGCCACACUUGUACCCGCGCCUACCACCCUGACUGCCUGCAUCCACCGCUCAAAACUGCCACCCGGGGCAUGUGGAUGUGCCCCAAGUGCCAUAAGAAGGUUUUAAACAAAGAGAACUUGUCUUGGCCUCAGAACUUUAUCCAGUCAUAUGUUACACAUAAAACAGUGAGGGAGGAGGAGCGCCGGAAGCUCAUGAGGAGAAACACUGAGCUGAAGCUGGAGUGUGAACAUCUGAGCGAGGAGGACCAGAGACUCUGCUGUUCCCUCAAUAAACGCGUUGAGCAUAAGGAGCACCUCCUGGGUCAGCAGCGGGAGACUCAGGCGUCCAUCGAGCGCCUCAAGACUUUGAUUCGACUCAUUCAGCGUGACCAGAUGAUCCAAGUGACAAUGACAGCCACAACCACUACAGGAGCAUCUCUGCUCUCGCUGCCCUGGAUCAAAGCUGCCAGCGGCAGCAGCACCAGCACUACAGCGCCUCCCGCUGGACCCUCCGCAGUACUGCACAAAAGCAUGCUCCAGCCUCAAGAAAACAACUGAACGGCUCUAAACAAAUCACCAAACGUCUUUCUGAAGAGGCACGGACGGUGAUGACCAAUCAGUGUGCAUUUCCUUCUGGUAACAUUAUUACCAUAAAAUAAUGGAAACAUUUAAAACAGAGAAAGCAGAAUUAUAAGCGUCACUCGAUUCAUAGGUAUUUUUUAAAAGCCAACACACAGUGCUCACAAAAUUUUUUUAACUCACAGUUUUUUAACGUAUUAUUUUUCUUGGCCUUAAUGUAUUUAUGACUAGAUUACGAUGCUCUUGCAGAUAUAUAAAAAAGGAUAAGUAUUCUACAUAGUUAGAAACAUUUUAUGCGUUGCGUUUUUUUUACUGGGGGUGUGUGCGCGAGUGUGUGUGCGUAUGGGGGGAAUAAUCAUUCGCAUUUAGUUAUUAAGAACGUUAGUGUAGUUAGUUAGAUGAAGGAAACAAAAAGUGACGCCGAACGCUGAAACAUCCGAACCGUUUGUGUUUGCAUUUUCCGACGAACAACAACGUUUGCCAUAGUAAUUCAGGUCAAAGUGAGACAGGGAAAUGUUUUGAUCACGUUCUUUUUUUGUUGUACUUGCGAGCGAAACAAAACAACAACAACACAUACGUUUUUCAGUAUUACUAUAGAUAAAAGAUCAAAGUAUUUAAGAUAGAAUUUUACCUUUUUAGUCAAGAGUUAGUAUUUUCAUGCUGAUGCCUGUUGAUCAUUUUUCACGAGUGUUGGAGAGAGGGAUAACCGCUGUACAUACAGUUAGGUUUUCUUUUGGCUGUCCUGACACCACAAACGAAAAGGCCAUUUGAGUUCUUUGAGUGCCUGAUCCCGGGAUCCAAAUACCUUGAUUUUUUGUUUCCCCUCUAUGUAUACAUAUAUAUAAUAUGCCAAAAACCCUGAGUGUUUUUGUACCGUUAAAUGUUUCGUUUUUUUUAUAUCUCAUCUUUCUUUCUUUUUCACUGAAGUUUUGUAAGUCAUUCCAAGAAUACCAAGUUGCAUUAUUAUUAUUAUUAUUAUUA